AUGGGCGCCCGAGGUGUGCUGGAGGCCAUCGUGUUCCUGCUGUGCAUCAACAGCUGGUUCGCGGAGGACCCCAGUCCCUUCCCGAAAUUCCACUUCGAGUUCUCCUCCGAGGUGCCCAGCGUCGUCCAGGACCUGUUCAACUGCAAAAACUGUGCAAAUGAAGAAGUGGUUGGAAAGAUUUUGAACAGAGUGCUGUCGGCAUAUGAUAUCCGCCUGAGACCAAAUUUUGGAGGUGCCCCCGUGAUUGUGAAAGUCUCUAUCUACGUCUCCAGUAUUGAACAGAUCUCAGAAGUGAACAUGGACUACACAAUCACGAUGUUCUUUCAUCAGACCUGGAAAGAUUCCCGCUUAGCAUACUAUGAGACCAACCUGAACUUGACCCUGGACUAUCGGAUGCAUGAGAAGCUGUGGGUCCCUGACUGCUACUUUCUGAAUAGCAAGGAUGCUUUUGUGCACGAUGUGACGGUGGAAAAUCGUGUGUUUCAGCUUCACCCAGAUGGAACAGUACGGUAUGGCAUGAGAAUCACUACCACAGCAGCUUGCUCCCUGGAUCUGCGUAAAUUCCCCAUGGAUAAGCAGACCUGCAACCUGGAGGUGGAGAGCUAUGGCUACACGGUGGAAGACAUCUUAUUAUUCUGGGAAGACAAGGAGGAGGCUGUGUACAUGACUGAAGAGCUGCAAAUCCCUCAGUUCUCUUUACUGGGGAAGAAGAUUACUAGCAAAGAGGUGUAUUUCUACACAGGUACCUACAUGCGCCUGAUACUGAAGUUCCAGGUGCAGAGGGAAAUCACCAGCUACCUUUUGCGGGUGUACUGGCCUACUGUCCUCACCACAGUUCUCUCCUGGAUGUCGUUUUGGAUGAACUACCAGUCCUCGGCUGCCAGGGUGACAGUUGGCCUGACUGCAAUGCUCAUCCUGACCAGCAUCGACUCAAGCACACGGGAAAAGCUCCCUCACAUUUCCUAUGUGAAGGCUGUUGAUGUCUAUAUCCUUGUGUGCUUGUUCUUCGUGUUCCUGUCCUUGCUGGAGUAUGUCUACAUCAACUAUUUUUUCUACACCCCAGAACCUCAGCGCCUCCUCAGGCAACGACGCCAACGCCGGAUCCACCGGGUCCCCCGGAGAGUCGUUGCUCCCUACCGCUACCAGGAAGUGGUGGUAGAACACGCGCAGGAUGGAGUGGCUAACGUGGAAGAUGGAAUCAGCUCUCCUCCUACUGCCCCAGCACAGGCUCCCCUGGCAAGCCCGGAAAGCCUCGGUUCUCUGGCGUCCACCUCCGAGGAGGCCAAACUGGCCACCUCAGAAAGCCUCAGCUCACUCAGUUCUCUCUCAGGCCAGGCCCAGCUGGCCACUGGAGAAAGCCUGAGCGAUCUCCCCUCCACCUCAGAGCAGGCCCAGCCUAGCAAUGUGCUUCACCCUAGCGGUGGCCAGGCCAAUGAGAGAGUCAUUCCUACCGAAAUCCGCCACCGUGCCGAGGUCCAUGUCCAUGCUGAGGUCUGUAUCGUUGAAGACUCCGAAGACAAGAGCCACGGCCAUGGUCAGAGAGGUGUGCAGGAAGCAGGCGGGAAUCGUAAUGGUGACAAUAACGAGCUCCGCCGCCGACUUGACCCUGAGGAGCAAGUCAGGCGGGAACCUGGCAACGCUUUGGCUCUUCGUGAUAAUGAGGAGGGUGGUAGCCAGGAGGGCAGUGGCUCAGACUCUGAGGAGAGUUCCCCUGCAAGCCCUGGGUUCUCCCUCUCUGACAUUUUCUGCGCCGAUCUCUUUAGCCCUGACAUGGUUCCUGUUAUUGACAGGUGGUGCCGGUUCCUCUUCCCUCUUGCCUUUGGGCUGUUCAACAUUGCUUACUGGACGUACCACCUCUAUUAG